AUGGACUGGAAGUAUGUCAAUGAAAAGCUGUUGCUGUCAAAUGCUUCUGUUUUUCUUCCCAAGAUACUGAUGAAGAUGGACCAACAUUUCAGUUAUGUUGUCAUACGAAAUCCCUUCUAUCCCCAGGCUGGCAUUGGGAUCUCAGAAAACACCUUUCUGCUUUGUCUCCACACUGCUGCUGUCCUUGUGGGUAACAAGCCCAGGCUCACCGACCUCCCUGUCACCCACCUGGCUCUAACCCACAUCCUCAUGCUCCUUACCAUGGGCCUUUUGGUAUCUGCAGACAUUUGGGAAACACAGGACAUUCCAGGUGACUUCAAAUGCAAAGUGCUUGCCUUCCUAAACAGGGUCAUGAGGGGACUCUCCAUCUGCAUCACCUGUGUCCUGAGUGUGCUUCAGGCCAUCACCAUCAGCCCCAGUGGCUCCUGGUUGGCCCACUUUAAACUGAAAUCCACAAAUCCCAUUGUGGGGCUAUUUAUCUUCUUAUGGUUCCUCACCAUGUCCCUCUCCAGCAACCUGCUCCUCUGCACUGUGGACACUCCCAAUAAGACCCAGCCUGGGUUUCUGUUUCUCACUGACCGCUGUUCCUUUCUGCUCAUGAGCUACAGGAGCAGGACCUUGUUUCUUGCUUUCAUGGCAUUCAGAGAUCUCCUAUUUCUGGGUCUUAUGGUUCUUUCCAGUGCAUACAUGAUAAUUCUCUUGCAUAGACAUAAACAACGAUCCAAGUCUCUCCAUAGCCCUCAUUUUUCUCCAAGAAGUUCCCCAGAACAAAGGGCCACUCAUACCAUCCUGUUGCUCAUCAGCUGCUUUGAGAUCCUAUACUGUGUGGACUGA